AUGCUGCGCACCCAGGCGACGAGUGUGCUGCGCAAGGGCGCCCUGGUGCGCAGCGUCCCGGCCGUCGCUUCCCGCGCCGCGUCGACGGCCCACGCCAUCUCCAACCCGACCCUCGCCAACAUCGAGAAGCGAUGGGAGGGUAUGCCUCUCCAGGAGCAGGCUGACCUGUGGAUGGCCCUGCGCGACCGCAUGAAGGGCAGCUGGGCCGACCUGACUGUCCAGGAGAAGAAGGCCGCCUACUGGAUCGCCUUCGGUCCCCAUGGCCCCCGCGCCGUCGACCCUCCCGGCACCAACGCCCGUAUCGCCUGGGGCGUUGCUCUUGGCCUCGGUGUCAGCUUCGCCGUCUUCGCCACCAUCCGGGCCUUCGCCAAGCCCGUCCCGGCCACCAUGACCAAGGAGUACCAGGAGGCUUCCAACGAGCUCCUCAAGCAACAAAAAGCCGACCCCAUCACCGGUAUCUCCUCCGAGGGCUACUCUGGCAAGGGCCAGGUCCAGUCUCCCCCCAAGGGCAACUAA